UCGCGCAGCAGACUCGGUGACGGGCGAGACACCGGCCGGCCCAGCGCGACUGCUUCACCUGCUGCGUCAGCUGCGCCAGCCGCUGGCUGGCCACCAUUGGCUGCUGCUGGCCUCCGACAGCAACUUCGUGCUGCUGGAGAGCCUGCGCCGGCUGCUGGCGCCGCUGACGCCGACCGAGCCGCACUACCUGGGCCACCCGGGGCGCGUCGGCGGCCGGCUGGUGAACCUGGCCGCCGCCGGCGUCGUGCUCAGCGUCGGCACGCUUCGGCUGGUCUGGGAGGCCGACCGGCUGGGACGCUUCGACGACCUCGACCCGAGCCAGAGCGAGGAGGUCGCGCUCGGUGACAUGAUGUCGGUGCUGGCGAUCGCACCACGUGACACGCGAGACGCCGGCGGCCGGCCGCGCUUCCUGCCGCUGCCGCCCAGCGCGCUCUACCUGCCAUCGGCGCGGCGUCGGUUCCAGUCGUUCUGGCGCGACAGCGUGUACCCGCUGACGGAAGAGCGGCUCUGCUGCAGCCCGGAGGCGGUAACGUUCGGCCGGGUGGCCUGGACCCGCAUGUACCUGCUCGAGUACAUGGUGCACCACGUGACCACAGACGGCCGGCGGCGCCGCAUCGGCGGUAGUAACAACGGCACCUCUGCAGAGAGAUCAGCGCCUUCGGAUCGCGGCAGCGGUCUGGUCGGCCCGGCCGAGAGUGAGGCUUCGGCUGGUGCAGCCCUCUGACCAGGCGACUUUUGGGACACGUUGUCGCAGCCAGACCAUCCGCCGUGUGUGCUUGGUCGGGCUCACCGUCUGGUGGACGUGGCUUUACUGAGAUUAGGGGCAGGGCUUGCAAUGCAAUCGAUGGGUACACUUUGUCUUACUCGCUAGUCGUUUAGAAGUGAACAACCGAGUGCACCAGCGCAUAGACUUUGACUAGCUGGCGGCACCCGUUACUGGCAAGCGCUUCCAGCAGCUCUUGCUGUUUCACGCCGACUAUGUGGGGCUCGUCGACAAGCGUCGACCGCGAUCUGGCCGUGGGACAUGACACGACUGUGCGCGACGUGACGGGCUGUGCGGACAUGACUGAACGGCCCUUUUCGUAAUCAAGGUAUAAUGAUCUUCCAUAACCAUUCAUUAGAGGGCGUACCUCUCCCCAGCCCUGGCAGCCUGUUGCCGUGCUAAACCAGAAUAGCAUUGCCUUUUUGCUCGUACUAUUCUCUAGUCUGUGCAAUAAAUAGGGGUUUCGACACUACUGAUAUCAGUCUAUCUGCGCAGUACGCAGGGUUUUCGACGCCACUAACAUGAGUCUCAGUUAUAUCGCCAAUCCCCGUCGCAUGAAAUACAUUUCCGGUGUAAGCACG